AUGGCACCUAAGUGUCCUUCCGUGCCAAGUUAUGGCACUUGGGCUAUUCUUCUGCCCUUUGUUAGUUCUCUUUCCUUCAAUAUAAGUAGCUUUGACACGAAUGGAGGGGACAUAAUACUCGAAGGAGUUGCAAAAAUUGUGUCCGGAUCCGUUGUUCUCACCGAAGGCUCCCUAGCGCCAUCGAUAGAAGUAGGCCACAUGCGGUAUGCUGAACCCCUAGGUUUAUGGGAUUCUGCUACGAGGAAACAUGCGGACUUCUCUACUCGUUUCUCUUUCACCAUUGAUACUAUGAACUACACUCUACGUGGUGAUGGCAUUGGCUUUUUUCUUGCUCCUGUUGACUUCUCAAUCCCACCCAACUCCGCCGGAGGAUACCUAGGACUCUUCAAUUCUACCACAUAUCAUGAUGGGCCUCAGUACCAAAUUGUGGUCAUUGAGUUCGAGUCCAGACAUUCAGAGAAGGUCUUCAUGAAUGAAGUGAAGAUACUAAGCCGCAUGUUACACCGAAAUCUGGUGCAAUUCAUUCGAUGGUGCCGAGAAGAAGGUGAGUUUUUGCUUGUUUAUGAAUAUAUGCCUAAUGGUAGCCUUGAUAAUCAUCUCUUUGGAACACGAAAAAGUUUGCCAUGGGAUGUGAGGUACAAGAUAGCUUUAGGGCUAGCACUAGCCCUCAACUAUCUUCAUGAAGAUCUAGAGCAAUGCGUUCUCCACAGAGAUGUAAAAGCUGCUAAUAUAUUACUCGACACGAACUUCAACACAAAGCUUGGAGACUUUGGUGUGGCUAAGCUCAUUGACCCUCAGUUCAGGACACGAACGACGGACGUGGUAGGGACAUAUGGUUACCUGGCGCCAGAAUAUUUCGGUGAAGGUAAGGCUACUAAAGAAUCCGACAUGUUCAGCUUCACGGUUGUGGCUCUAGAAAUCGCAUGCGGUAGGAGGACCUAUCAGGAAGGAGAAUUUCACAUUCCAUUGCACAAGUGGGUUUGGCAGCUUUACCUUGCUGGAAACAUGCUUGAAGCAGUGGACGAAACAUUGGGUUCGAGUUUCGAUGGGAAGGAAAUGGAAUGCUUGAUGAUGGUGGGACUAUGGUGUGUGCAUCCAGAUCCCAAGAUGAGGCCAAAAGCGGGACACGUUAUAAGAUUUCUUCAGCUAGAAGUCCCGGUGCCUGAGUUUCCACGUGGCACCUAUGAGGCCUUCCCUUCAUAUCAGCUGUCAGCACUAAGAAUAGAGUCUUCCUCUUCUUUGCAAGAAAUCAGUUCCUUUUCAGCUAGAUAG